AUGGACCCAAAUUACACCAAAGCCGAAACCCAAACCUUCCACCUCUCAGACGGCCGCACCCUAAGCUUCGCAGUCUUUGGCGCCGCCGUGCUAUUCUACUUCCACGGCUUCCCCAGCAGCCACGAAGAAGCCUCAAUCUUCCACCAAGCCGCACGCCGCCAAGCCGUCCAAAUCAUCGCCCUCGAUCGACCAGGCCACGCCGGCUCCAUGUUCCAGUCCAACAGGCGCAUCGUAGACUGGCCUGCGGACGUCCUCGCCUUUGCAGACCACUUUACGAUUCCUCGUUUCGGCGUCCUCGGUCUAUCAGGGGGCGCACCGUAUGUUUUUGCAUGUUGGAGAGCCAUCCCGCGCGAGAGACUCGUGGUGGCGGGGGUUUAUUCGGGGUUAUACCCGCCUGAGCUUGGGUACGCCGGCAUGCUCCUCCAAGGACGGGUGAUGUUGACGUUGGCACCGUGGAUCGCGCCGGUCGUGGCUUGGGGUAUGGAGAUGUCACUCGGCAGAGCGGCCAGAGACGAGGCAAGGCCGGGGAGGUUUGAGGGGAUCGUGCUGGAGGAUUUGAAGACGAGGCCGGGCGUUGAUCGGGAUGUGUUGGAACGGGAUGUUGGCGGGGUCCGGUCUGCUAUGCUUGCUAGUGUGCGGGAUGCUGUUUUGCCUGGGGGAUGGGGCCCGGCUUGGGAUGUCAAGUUGGCGGGGAGUUAUUGGGGAUUCGAGAUUGGGGAGCUUGUGGUUAGGGACGGGGAGAUGGUUUGGUGGCAUGGGAGGGAGGAUGUUAAUGUGCCGGUUGGUCUUGCGGAACGGGCGGCGGAGUGUGUGCCCGGGGCGGAGGGGGAGGGGCACGUUAGUCUUGUGGUGCGCAAGGCGGACGAGGUUAUAUCUACUCUUGCGAGCAUGCUGAGGAAGGCAAGUUGAGGGCUAGAAGUAUGGGACAUAUCACAGGAAGUUUAGUACGUGAUAUUG